UGUGUGUCCCUUUAUGUUUUGUUUCAGAAACUAGGUGAAAGUGUUCAGCAGCUUCUUCUAGCAAAAAUUGCAGUCUACUUGAUGACCUUUUUAAUAGUCACAGUGGCGUGGGCAGCUCAUGUAAGGCUGUUUCAGGUGAUAGAGCUCAUAGAUGAUGUCCUCGCUCUUCUAAAUCUGGCUUGUAUGAUGAUCAUAACUUUUUUGCCAUACACAUUUUCUUUAAUGGCCUCCUUUCCAGAUGUGCCUUUUGGCAUUUUCCUGUUUAGUAUCUGUGCUGUUGUCAUUGGCCUUAUCCAGGCAGUGAUAGUAGCAUAUGGAUUCUAUCACCCACACCUACUAAAUCAACAGAUACAAGUGUCUGAAAACCAGAACUUCUAUAAACAUCACAUCUUAAAGAUUAUUCUAAGAGGACCGGUUUUAUGCUUUUUAGCAGCCAUCUUUUCUUUUUUCUUUAUCCCUUUGUCUUAUGUACUGCUUGGGCUUGUUAUCGUUUUUCCACACCUCACUCGCUUCAUUACGUGGUGUAAAACCAAGAUUGUUGGUCAGAGAGAUGAAGAGGAACACGGUAGCUUAGAGACCUUCACGUUUUACCUCAGUGAGCCUCUGAGUAAGGAACGAGUAGAGGCAUUCAGUGAUGGAGUCUAUGCUAUUGUAGCAACGCUGCUUAUUUUGGAUAUAUGUGAAGACAAUGUUCCUGAUCCCAGAGAAGUUGAGGAAAAGUUCCAUGGCAGCCUCCUUGAAGCUUUAAGUGAAUAUGGACCGAACUACCUUGCCUACUUUGGCUCUUUUGUAACAAUUGGUCUUCUCUGGUUUGUCCACCACUCCCUCUUCCUUUAUGUAACAAAGGCGACCCGAUUAAUGGGACUGCUCAACAUACUUUCCUUGGCUUUCAUUGGAGGGCUCCCGCUGGCUUAUCAGCUAACCAGUGAAUUUGCAGAGAAGUCUCACAAUGAAAUAGAAGCCAUUCAGGUCAGCUGUGUUAUCACUUUCUUUGCUAGCAUAUUUCAGUUUGCAAUAUGGACUACGGCCCUUCUCCAUGAAAGGGAAACUUUGCAUCCUUUUGCUAGAUAUGGUGGCAAGGAGCAUGCCUUCAUGUUUGCCAAGCUUGCUCUCUAUCCUUGCGUGAGCCUUGGGGCCUUCUUUCUAACAUGCUUGUUAAGUGAAUUUAGCACAGAGAUUUUCCAUCUUAUGCAGAUUGUAAUCCCGUUUGCUUUUCUUGCCUUGCGCAUUUUUGUUAGGAUUUCUUUAACUGUCAUAAAGUCUGUGAUGUCUCUCUCCAGACGGAAGGUUGUGUUGCUAGAAGAAGAGGAAGCAUGUUUGUCUCCUAGUGAAACGCUGUCUUAAAUUUCCAUGGACCGCACGUGAAAUUGUAACGUUACUUUCAUUCUAACUCACAUUGAAUUAAUGUAUGGAUUAUAUUGAUCUAAACUAAAGCUUGUGUUGACCAUAACUGGGGCAUAGUUAGGUUCAGUAAUGCUUUUAAGACCCUUUCUCCAAAACACGUAAUUGAAAAAAGUUGGGUUAGCAGGAGAGACAAAGAAAAGCAUGUUCUCCUUUGUUUAAAACUGCCCCUUUGGAAAAAAAUGCUGCUUGAAGUGAUAACUGCAGUGAUAACUCACUUCAGAGGCGCACAGACAGAUGCUCAGCAAGAUGCCCUUUCUCUGACAUUGUGGCGGCCAAACACAGGUAUAGGUAGAAGAUGAUUAUGCUGCUAUAUGAAGAGCGAGUGAGGUCUGGAAGACAUGAAGGAUACCUCUGAAUUUUUGGAGGGUGAAUCGGUAAAACGUUUAUGCAUACAGACUGUGGGAUUUUUGUUUGUUUUGUUGAGACACUGUCUCUUCUGCAAAGCCACAGAGUUGUGAUAGCAUUUCAAAAGGUGCUUGCUUUUGAAUGACUCAGAGCAUGAGUUUAGGUGGGAGUUGCGAUUGUGACCGACAUGCAGUCUUCCAGGCUGCCUUAACACAAAUUCUUCUUCAGUCAUAUUUCAUUUUUCUAAAAAGGAUGUAUUUAACAAAUGAGACCCAAGGUUUGAACCAGCUUUGUAAUCUCCCAGGGGAAAAACUUGAAGAACUGUGGGACCACAGGUAAAUUUGUUUUCAGCUGUGAAACACACUGCCCCAUUAAAAAGGAAGAUUGGGAUUUCUCAGGGUUUUUGUGUUUAGGAACCUCCUUGAAAAAGGUCUGUCUGUCAGCUUGAAGACAUGAUUUAGGAGUCAUAGAGGUUAUGAGACUUUCCUGCCACCUAUGAAAAUUCCCCCUCAGGCCCGGGAGUUGAGUCUGUCCCUAUGUAGAGUCUAGCUAAGGAGUUAAUACAAUGAACUCCUACGCAUCUUUGAGUUUCAGUAAGAGGGCCGAAAGAACUAAUCCAGUAGGAGUUCUAGUCCCUGGGAUGUUCGGUUUUUUUAGGCCAAUGUGCAGCUGCUCCAACUUUUCCUUGCAUAGAGCUGUACAGAUGGGAGUAUGCACAGUCAUUUGGGCUCUGGUUCCCUAGAAGGUUAUACGUCUCUUUUGGGCAGAGCCAUUAGUUUGUAUCUUGAACUGUCUUAGUGCCUGAUAACUUUUCUGCCAUGUUCAAAGGUAUUUGAGGGAUUUUGUUUUUCCUCUGAAAAAAUACUGUAGCAAAGAACAGCUGGAAUAACUGUUAGUGAAAGCAAAAAAAAGGUUUGUUUCACUCUAGAUCAGUCUGAUCAGCACUUUUGAUUUGAAGGUUUACCAACACGGAAUGUUUAGUAUUAUGUACUUCAUGGAAGGGAUUGUCUUCAGAUACUCUAGGGGUUUUAUACCUGGUUGAUGCUGAAGGGCCUGCAGUGGGGUUGUUUACUGUGUUGUGUAUUGCUGGGUUCUUGUGAUAUUCAAUAAAAGCACUUUUGGCUCUAUACGGUUUUGUUUAAUGUGAAUAAACAGUGAAUAUGUGUAUUUGUAAUAAAUAAAAAUCAGUACAAUAAAAAAAUGAAAGCCUCCAGCUC